AAGAAAGGGUAAUGUGGUAUUAUUCUCACCACCCUCAAUCUCAUCUCCAAAUUCCCAAUCUUCACCUAUCACUUCACACACACACAUUUGUUUUGUAUUUGUAUCUUUCUCUGUCUUUUUUUCUUCCUUGUUUGACAUUGGACCUUCUUCUUGACCGAGACAGGAAGCUCAUUUCCAUGUGUCAUGCUUGCCACUCUCGAAAAAACCAGCUUUCUCAAGGUAGAGAAGAUACGAUCGGGUCUGUCUGAAAUGGCCUGCAGCGAGCCAAGUCAUUGUUGGCACGGCUAUGACUGCUCCCCUCUUGAAUAAUAAUUUUGCCUCGAGUAAUACCUUGGGCCCAAUCGCAAAGACUGACAGUGCAACACUUACUUGCCCGGAGAAAGUCACAAGAGGCUCGACACUGAGUGAGUGACACAGAAUCAAAACCGGGGUCGCCGCUAAGAAAAAAGAAGCGCGAGUGGGAAAAAAAAAGAACAUCGUCAGUCAGCAUACAGUACAGCACAUUACAUACAACAGUACCUAUACACAAACAAAAUCCUACUGGCGUCCUUAUCAACCACAACCAAACAGCUCUCCACAAUAUUUUCACCUGGCAACCAACAAUCACAAGCCAGUAUUUUUUUUUUUUAUACAAAUCAAAGAUACAGUAUCAAUCGUUGUCCGAAUCCACUUUUGCCUGUUCCUUCCAGCAAUCCCUAUCCCGACCUGUCUUGUCUGUCUUUACUACAACGAUAGAACCCCGUUCCCCCGGAUCCGCCCCAUCCCACAUAGCUCCACAACGCGAUUCGCUGGGGUUUGUUUCAAAGGAACCCAGACCAAAAGAUCGCUCACCCACCCACUUGUGUGCCUGCCUUACUUGCCCACCUGCUUGUGCCCGCAAGCCAGGCUUGACCGCCGUCAACUCGACCCUGUCUGCGCCUGAUUUAGAGGUCGCAAGCAACGGCGAGUCCCGAAGCAAAGGGCCGACGCCGACCACGGGAAACUCCGAAUCCAGGGUUGUAGGGGAGGGGGACGACGGGGGAGACAGAAAGAAAGAACUAGACGGGAGUUGAUAGAGGGAUAAAGCGUUUGAUCAUUCUCAUCUAAUCUGUCUGGCCUGUCACUCUGUUAUCUAUCUCUCCACCGAACCAAACGAAAAACCGCCGCCACCCGCUCGCCAGUCACUCUGUCUCCCUUCUUUUUUUUUUUCUUUUUUGUUUUACCUCUGUCAGACAUACAACAACCCGUAUUCGCAACUGCUGAGCAGAUUAUACAACACCCCUCCGAUCCUGCAGCAUGCCCUCGGAGGGGGACAUCGAGAUGCACAGUCUCGCCGCCAAGGAGGACAUAAUGCUGGCCCACCAGGGCAGCAGCAGCAACCACAGCAUGCGCCGCGAGCCCGUAUACGACGACAACACGCGCGGCCCCAGCGCCCUCCGCCGCUGGGCCGACAGCUUCCGACGCGAUCCAGGAAUCCGCAUCACACCAAAGGAGGUCCCCGUGUACCUCGACCGCGAUCAAGUGCACCACCACCACCAUGACCACCACGAGCAGUACCACCACCCACCGCCGCCGCUCCCGCCCCAGGUGCCCAUGCGCGAACACGAUGGCGAGCGAUACUACGACCUGCGAAGCGCCACCCUGGCCACCGUCAACACGGGCCUUUCGCGCGAGCUCAAGGGCCGCCACCUGCAGAUGAUAGCCAUAGGCGGCUCCAUAGGUACCGGUCUGUUUGUCGCCUCCGGCAAGGCCCUGAGCACCGGCGGACCGGCCUCAGUCUUGUUGGCAUAUGGUAUCAUCGGCGUCAUGCUGUACUGUACCGUGCAUGCUCUCGGCGAGCUGGCCGUCGUCUUUCCAGUUGCCGGUUCUUUCUCGGCAUUUUCGACCCGCUUUCUUGAUCCUUCCUGGGGGUUUGCAAUGGGAUGGAACUACGCCCUACAGUGGCUUGUCGUUCUACCCCUUGAAAUAAUAGCAGCAUCCAUGACUAUUCAAUACUGGGAUCCCAGCGUGAAAAGGGCUGUCUUUGUAGCAGUAUUCCUAGUAGUCAUAUUGGUCAUAAACUUGUUCGGCGUCAAGGGCUACGGUGAAGCGGAAUUUAUAUUUGCCAUAGUCAAGGUUACGGCUGUCAUCGGCUUCAUACUACUGGGUAUCGUCAUCAACGUCGGCGGCACAACAACAGAGGGAUAUAUCGGGACCAAGUAUUGGCAAAACCCGGGCGCAUUCAACAAUGGUUUCAAGGGGCUAUGCUCCGUCUUUGUCCAGGCCGCCUUUGCCUUUGCCGGCACGGAGCUCGUCGGCCUCGCAGCCGCCGAGACGGCAAACCCACGAAAAUCCCUCCCGACGGCCAUCAAGCAGGUAUUUUGGCGCAUCACGCUCUUCUACAUCGUGGCCCUGACCAUCGUCGGCUUCCUGGUGCCGUACGACUCGCCGCGUCUGCUGGCAAGAAACAUCGCCGACGCCGCCGCAUCGCCCUUUGUCAUUGCCAUCGAGAGCGCCGGCAUCGAGGUGCUCCCCUCGGUCAUGAACAGCGUCAUCCUCAUCGCGGUGCUCAGCGUAGGCAACAGCGCCGUCUUCGGCUCCAGCCGCACCCUCGCCGCCCUCGCCGACCAGGGCCAGGCCCCGCGCGUCCUGGCCUACGUCGACCGCCGCGGCCGGCCCCUCGUCGCCAUCCUCCUCAGCAUGUCCAUCGGCCUGCUCGCUUUCGUCGCCGACUCGGACAUACAGCAGGAGCUGCUCGACUGGCUCCUCGCCAUCUCGGCUCUCAGCUCCAUCUUCACCUGGGGCAGCAUCUGCCUGUCGCACAUACGCUUCCGCCGCGCCUGGGCCAUGAAGGGCCGCUCGCUCGGCGACCUGGCCUUUCGCGCCCAGCCGGGCCUGACCGGCUCCUGGAUCGGCUUCCUCCUGAACGCCAUCUUCCUCAUCGCCCAGUUCUGGAUCGGCGGCUGGCCGCUCCCCUCCACCACCGGUGAGGAGCAGACCUCGCUCUUCAUCGCCGGCGAGUUCUUUCUGCAGUGCAUGGCCAUCCCCAUCGUCCUCAUCAUGUGGCUCGGCCACAAGCUCUACUACCGCACCAGCUUUGUCCGGGCAGAAGACAUGGAUAUCGACACGGGCCGCCGCGACUUUAACCUCCCUAUUCUAAUGGCCCAGGAGUAUGAGGAGAAGCGUAACUGGCCGCGCUGGAAGCGUCUGUAUAGGUUCUUUUGCUGA